UCAAACGAGAGUCAAACGGGUCCUACUCAAACAGAGAAAACUGGGGGGAGUCACUCGCAUGUCACUCCCAGCUGCUUCCGGUAAAGAUCUGAACCCGAAUCCGGAUCCGAAUCCAAGUCCACCUCACGGAGCCCUAGACGGCGCCGAUCCCCUCCUCCAAUCCGGCGCAUUCAUCGACGCCGCAGCUAUGGAAGAAGAAGAAGCCGGAAAUCCCCAAUCGAACGGCGUGGAUUCGGUGACGCCGGGGACGAGUAAGGCCAAAGGUUCGGAUCCUAUGUCGAUGGAUUGGUUGCCGGCCGGCUGGAGAGUUGAGUAUAAAGUCAGGAGCUCCGGUGCUACUGCUGGAAUUACUGAUAGGUAUUACUAUGAUCCAGUCUCAGGUCGUCGAUUUCGGUCAAAGAAAGAAGUCCUUCGCUUUAUGGAAACAGGGACGCUCAAGAAGAAUGCUGAUUCUGACAAAACGUCCGAGGAAGGUUCUGCGAGCAAAAAGCAAAGGAAGUCUAGCACAAAGCCCAGAUCUGUUGUCAACUUUGAUUUUUCUGAUGUGCCUGCCAAGGUUGAAUGGGUUCUCACAGACUCCUCUCAGUGGUCCUGGACCCCCUUCAUCGGUGAUCAAAAGGUACCUGAGUCCACUGCCAAAGAAUGGGCUAAUGCAUUCACAGUCUUCACUUCCAAUAGCAAUAUUGGCCACACUCAAUGAAGAGACAUAGAACCACCCUUGUGAAUUAUGAGGUUGUACCGCCCAAAGACAAUUAUUCUUUGCCAACAGACCUAUAGAGUCACUGACCAAUGUUAGAUCCCCGUAUUUGCAGUCCGUCAAUUGAAAGAAAUAUGCCUUCAAGGUACUUUUGGGACAUAUGAAUCCUACCAUGUGACAAGCAGCCUGUUGAAGUUUGCAUUUCAGUUUUGACCAAAUUUGGGUAGCAGGGCUGUUCAGACCUUAUUUGCUUUUCCUUUAGUGCCAUUUUAUUAGUUUCUGGAUCCAUGAUGGUUUCAAUCCAAAGGCUCUUGGUCUCAUAUUUGGGUGUACAGAGGGGUAUGUAAAAUGUUUGUUCUGGAGUACAAAUUGGUAGUCUGUAUAUGCUCCUUCAUUUUUUGCGUACAACAGUUUAUGCAGUAGGACUUGACUUCUUAUUUAGCGAACCUAUGCGGCAUGAAUCGAGAUUGUAAUUUGCUUCGGAAAACAAAAGGAAACCAAGCUUC